AUGAAUGUCUGCGUCUCCUCGAAUUUGUGUGGUGGCACGACGUGUAGUAAUCCCCCUGUGAGAAAUUGAACAUUUGAAAUAAAAAAUUGAAACCUGUAGUGUAUCAUUUUUUAUUUAGAGGGAUCAAAAAAGAGGACAAGUCCAAAACGAGCCAGGCAAUGCGCUUUUGGAAUCAAGGAAACAGCGAUUUCUUGCGAUUGGAUGGUUUUCCGGAAACUCCCAAUCCAUAAGUUGGUUUUUCAAAGUCUCCUUGCUCAAAAAUUCUACCUCAACAAUCUAA